AUGGCUUCAAAGCUCGUGAUCAUCAUUGUGUUCAUUCUAGAUCUCAUCGCUGUUGGAUUAGCCAUUGCCGCCGAGCAAAGAAGAAGCAUCGGUAAGGUUGUUCCGGAUAGUGAGAAGGUAUAUGAGUACUGUGAGUAUGGAUCAGACAUAGCUACAAGUUAUGGAGCUGGUGCAUUCGUGCUUCUCUUGACCGGUCAAGUCAUCAUCAUGGCGGCGAGCCGGUGCUUCUGCUGCGGCAAGGCUCUUAACCCCGGUGGUUCAAGAGCUUGUGCCAUCAUGCUCUUCCUCAUUUGCUGGGUGUUUUUCUUGAUCGCUGAGAUAUGUUUGCUCGCGGCGUCGAUCAGAAACGCGUACCACACUAAGUACAGGAAGAUGUGGAACAUCGAUAACCCACCGAGCUGUGAAGUGAUCCGUAAAGGAGUGUUUGCAGCUGGUGCUUCCUUCGCUCUCUUCACCGCCAUCGUCUCUCAGUUCUACUACGUCUGCUACUCUCGUGCUCGAGAUGAUUACAAGAACCCACCUUACUAG